AUGUUACUUACUAGGAAACAAUUUAAAAUUCUUAACCAAAAGCUUAAUUCCCUUUUGCAAAUUCAAGCUGGUGGCGGGAAUAAACAUUCGGUGUCAAGUCUCGAAGUUGAUAUUAUUCUUAAGUGUCAAAAACACAGACUUCAUGAAGCUAUUUCUGAUGUUGAUCGUAAUACCGAGAAAAGGGUAAAGGCACAAUCAUUGAAUUUUACUUAUGAUUUAAUAGAAUUAAAGGUUGUGGCAAAGGGGAGACAUUUCUUGUUUAUUCAAGAUGUGAAGAAAGUUCGUGAAGAUGUCAAUUUCAAACUUCAAGAACUCAGGGAAGAUAUGGGAAAAGAGAUUGAUGUUUUACAACAAGAUUAUUCAUCUCUUCAUCAGAAAGUGGAUAUCAUUACAGAUAUUGUUACCAUGUUUUCCAAGUUGUAUGAAGCUCUUGGUCCGAGGGUUGAGCAUAUGGCUGUUGAUGACGUUCAAAGUUUUUUGAGUAUUAAUCAAUUGUUGGUGUUGUUGAAGGAUUUGGUGCUCAAGACAAGUAUGGUUUCAUCUUUGUUAAUAACUCCUAUGCUUCUUUCCCAAAAGUUUUCUUUGCUUGAAUCAACUCUUAAAAAGGAGUUAGCCCCUCUAUUGAAGUUGUUGAAUAUUAUGCCAACAGAUGGCCGACCUGUUUGUACAGCGGUGCAAGGGGUAGAGAAGAUAGACGUUGGCAGGGGAUCUGUGUUUGGAACUGGUGGCAGCUCUUCAAAGAAAAAUGAUGAAGAUACGAAGGUAGUGGGAAAAUUUUCUUCAACUGAAAUUCCUAUUUCGUUGGUAACUGGUUCAAAAAUUUUGACUUCCACAACAAUGACAACCAGGCCUAUAACAAAAGGAAUCGUUAUUUGUGGUUUUGCUGCUUGA